UGGUAGUACCUUAAAAUAUUCAGUUCUAUUGAACUAGUCUAAUAUUUUCUUCCUUUCUUUUCUUUCUUCAAAUAUUUCAUCUCUGCUAAUUCAAAUGAACAGAACAGAAUUAGUCCAAUAGCCCUGCUAGAUUGUUCAUAAGAGGAAAAAUUUGUUAUUCCUGCCAAAUUCCUUGAGUAUGCUGUAAAGCAGGUAUGGGCAACCUUUGACAUGCUGAGGGCCAAACUUUAGCGUGCAAAACGUUCGCGGGCCGCGUUUAAAAGUACUUAGUGCAUUUUAAAGUAGUGAUAAUAUUUUUUUGCGAUAGAUAUUAGACAUGAAAUAAUACGACAAUGUUAUUAUUGUAUUAUGUAUUUAUUAUUGACAUGUAUGUGUAUAUUGACAAUGUUAUUAUUGUAUUUAUUAAAAUAACAAAAUGAAAUUUUAAAAAAUGGUACAACAUUAUAAUUAAAUAGUUACAUUUGCAAUUGUUACAAACUACAAAAGAUAAAUACACUGAAAUCAAUGAGACACUUGAGCUUGAAUUUGGGAAACUAAUCCAUCGAUAUUUGGAUGAAUUCCACUGAUACAAAGACGUAAAGAAUUUUCCAAAUUAUUGUCAGUCAGUCUUGUACGAUGUGUUGAUUUAUUAACUUUCAUCAAUGAAAAGAACUGUUCGCAUUUAUAAGUACUGCCAAACGCAGAAAUCAAUCUUCUUGCGAAUUUUCUAAGCUGCGGAAAAUUGUCUUCUUCUAGGUAUUUUUUGUAGAAAUCGCUCAACUCUACGUCUUCAAAUUUGGAUUUUAGGAGGGAGAAUCUCGAUUAACUCCAUUUGUAAGUGUAUUGGAGCAUUUUAUACAUUACAUUUUGUAGGAGUAGCAAAUAAAUUGAAACAUUCAAAUAGCCUGUAAGUUCGACCAGAAAUGCUAAAUCACAUAUCCAUUUUGGGUCACUCAAUUCAGAUAGUGGCUUAUCUUUUAUUUUCAUAAAGUCUGCUAUCUCAUUUCUAAGCUCGUAAAACUCUUUCAACAUUUUUCCUUUGCUCAUCCAUCUGACUCUACAAUAAUAUGUUACGUCGUUAUAUUCAGCUGAUAUUUCAUUCAAAAACGUCUUGAACUGACGAUGGUUAAGCCCUCGGGAUCGAAUAAAAUUGAUGGUUUUAACUACUACAUUCAUAACAUUGUGGAGUCGAAUGGACUUAGAACACAAGUUCUGUUGGUGGAUAAUGCAAUGAAGGACUAUCAAAUCAUCUUUUUGCACAUUUAAUUCUGUUGCUUUUACAUUCAAAAUUCCGAUGAAACCUUUUCGUAAGCCGACUAUAGAAUGUGCACGCACCACAUCAGUGCAUACUCCAAUUAAUUUUGACCAUGGCAGGCCAAAACUUGUGAGUACCUUUUGAACUUCAUUAAAAAUAUCCUCUCCUGUAGUGGUUGCUUUUAGCGGCUGUAAAGCUAGCAAUUCCUCAGUAACAGUAAACUCCUUAUCAAUACCUCGAAUAAAUAUAGCCAGUUGAGCUGUGUUAGACAAAUCGGUGCCAUCGUCUAAUGCUAUGGAAAAUGAUUCAAAACCAGCCAUACGGUCAGUCAAUGUUGUUUUUAUAUCAUUAGCCAUCAUUUCUAUACGUCGAACAACAGUUCGUCUUGACAAACUAAUUUUUUCAAAUUCAUUUUUCUUUUCAGGACACAAAACACCGCAACUUCUAACAUACACUCCUUGAUAAAUUCUCCUUCGGUAAAUGGUUUUAAUGCCUUUGCCAAUUUUGAGCUAACUAUAAAACUAGGUUUCACAACAUUAUCAAGUUGUGUUCUUUGUUUAUGAAACAUUUGUUGCUGUUUUUCAAUAUUUGCUCUAAGCUUCUGGAUUUUGUCUGUUCUUAAUUGUCCUGUCAGUGAGUGCUGUGUAUCAUGCUUAGUUGAGUAAUGCCUCUUUAUAUUGAAUUCUUUCAUUACUGAAAUGGAUUCAUUACAAAGCAAACAACUAGGCUUACCAUUGUGCAAGAUAAAAAAUAAUUCUUCAUUCAAUUUUUCUUGAAACUGACGACCCUUUGUAUCUACUUUUCGUUUCUUUCCACCAGACAUCGAUAUUUUUAUUUUUCGUUCAAUAAACUUAAUAACAAACUAUAGUUAGUAACCACUCAAGAUGUACACAAAUUCACAAAGCAAGUUGACGGUUCUAGCCGUUCGCUAGGAUAUCGCUUAUAUAGACAAAAUGAAGGAACAAAUCUGGAAUAAACUAGUUUAGAAUAAUCGAGAAGCAAUAAAUAAAAUCUUUUGAAGUGUAGCCCGUGAGGCGGCAAACUUCAAAGAAUUUGAUCGAGCAAGCCGAGUGGCGGUGAUUAUCAAAGAGUGAGGCGGCAAACAUCGAAGGUUUUGAUGUUUGCCGCCUCACCGUUACUCCCGUGAGUAAACUAAGAAAACACAAGGAAACUUGUGUAGGCUAUGGGAUUCAUUAGUCUAUUGAUGACUCCACAUUUUUAUAGUCUAUUCAUAUCAUAUCCGGUGCCGGAUAAGAUAAAAAGCACAAACAAGUGUUUUCUUUUAAAGAUAUGUACUAGUAUAAGUAUAUGUACUAGUACGAAGUAUAAGUACUUAGUUUAGUGUAAUAUUUUUUUAAUUGGGUUUUUCCAAAAUGUCUCGCGGGCCGGAUCAUAUCUUACACGGGGCCGGAUCCGGCCCGCGGGCCGGUGGUUGCCCAUAUGUGCUGUAAAGUUUUCAAACUAAACUAACUUCAGAACAGCUUAGCUUUGUUAUAAUAUAAAUAUAAAUAAAUAAAACUCGAUUUGUGUUUAUUUAUUUGGAAAUUUAGAUAAUCAACAACACAUUUGCUUGAAUGAUGGAAUGCAAUAUUAGAAACAGACUGAUCAGAACCAUUUGAGAUCAUAUAAAACGUAUAGUUUAAAACGAAUACUUUAUUGAUGACGUGCAUAAAUUUCUGUCUUGUAAGCCAUACGUUUGUAUUUGUACAAAAACAUGUCAUUAUUUGAAUUAGAUGACCUUGUCUCGAAGCAAACACGUACAAUUAGUUCAGGAAAUACUUCAGUGGAUAACUAUACUUAAAAGACAGGAUCUCGUAUCUACUUUCAGAUUCCAGAUUUUAGUUCACAUGGUUAACCAAAACAGAAACUAUUUAUGAAACAAGCAAUAAUUAAUAACGUAAUGGAAAUCACCGUAUUCAUAUUGAAAUCCACUCAAUUUACUAUUAAAUCAGAUGAGCUGGGCGUGAAUCGACGCUAAUAUUCAUCUAGUCUGUACUAUUAAUAGUUGGCUAGCAACGACUAGGGGCUAUGUACUCAUAAGAGGUGGCCGGCUAUUUCCUUGACCAAAACAGUAAUUGGGGUAUCUUCGUUGUGAUGAUUUCUGGAUAGUGAGCAUACCAGUACGUACUACUUGAGUCGUCUUAGCUAAUGAAUGGUCUUUUUGUGUCCAUAUAGUAGAAUAACAAAGACAUCUCUUCCAUUGUUUCAGACCUGAGGUCUUAAUGUUUCUAAUUUUCUCUUGUUUUCCCACUUUUUUAUGAUCAUGAUUUUGUAGUAUACCUAUAACAGGUUGUGGUACUCGAAAAGAAGCUGUCCAGGCUUUUUUAGCCAGGUGAUAAGCUUGUUCAUUACCGUGCACUUGCUUGUGAUCCACAUUAGAGUAAAUUUGUUGUUUGCUAUUAGCUUUGGUUCAAUUUUACAGAAUCGAAUGCUUAAUGGGCUGCUCUGCUGUCUAAUAGAAUAAAUAUUUUCGCUUUGGUAUAUAUUUCCGCAUAUUUAAGCUUUGCACGCUACGGUUUACUGGACAAGUUACUUGUAUAGUUUACUCUGCUUCGAUUGACGAUUUUAAUUGACAAAAUGAUACAAAAAUAGUGAAAAAUAAGGGCGUUGGUACUAGAGGAAUUGAAACUUGAACCAGAAGAAUUAAGAAACGAUCUCCGAAUGGACAAGAAAAUCUAUCUUGGAGUACUUGCAAUGAGUAUGAUGAAAGAAGGAAAGUGAUAUGGGACAUUUUUUAUCUGCUCAUGAAUUAUUUUCAUCAUUACCAUCUAAGUUCGUUGAAGAUUUCUUUGAAGUUCAUUGAUCUUGAACGAAAUUCAGUAAAUAGUGAUAGAACAAUUUAGUGGAGUAAGAGUCACCAGAUGCUUCAAUUUUUGAAGAUGGUUAAUAUUCUUUUCCUUCUAACAUUCUAUUUGAAAUAUUAAUUCCUUUACAACUUUCGUUUAUUUCGCAUCUGGUUCAAUUGUUCUAUGCGUUAUUUAUAAAUAAUCAAGUUCCCUUUUGUCUCGAUCAUAGUAUUCUUUGUUUUUGAUUUAACAAAGAUAUGGUUGACUUCUGUAAGUUUCAAUAACAUCUGGCGAGUAUUUGUGUCUAAUGGCGCCAAUUUCUACUGUUAAAUUGAUAAUAAUAGAAUUUAAGCAACUACACAACCACGAAAGAUAAACAACUGACUCAGCACUACAAGCGCAGGUACAACAAACGGUAUUGUUCGAAAAAACUUAUUUCCGAUCUUGCGCCGGUCCCUUGCAAAAAUACAAAAAACUACUGCACAGUUGUGCAGCAGUUUGUUAUUAUUGUCAUGAUGACAUUAUUUAUCCACGUCAUUAAAAUUUUUUCAAAUUGAAACCUCAAUUUUUUAUUGCAAAUAUUUGUUUGUUUCAUUGUACUCGAUUAUUUUAUUCUCUCCAAUCACACUGGGUUUUCGAGAUAUGUGCUCUUUGAUUUGAUUAUUACUAGUUAGAUAAAUAUUUAUUUGGAGUCGUCGUGUCAAAAUGAAUAUUCCAUAAUCUAGCAUGCAGUUGAACAGAUGAAGUGCAUUCAUUAGUACGAUAGAAAGUGCAGUGCAGUGCAGAGCAGCCACUUUCGCGCGUUUAUUGAAAAGUUCCGGUUUAUAUGAACCACCCACGUAUUAAAUGUGUGAUGUAGGUGCUCGAUUUUACCAUAACUGUUCACCCUUUUUUGACAUAAUCAGUCACUGCAUUAGAAAAGUUUUUGUCUCAAUUUUUAUAGUGAAUUAUGUGUUAAAAAUAUCGUAUCAAUUUAAACAAAACAAAAUGUCAGUUAAAAAUUUCUGAUAUCACAAAAAGUACACAUUGUACAUAUGUAGUUUCUAAAGGUUUUGUGGGACGUGCUGGAGGUUGCCUACCGUUGCAGCAUAAAUAAUUUUUUUAAUCAAAUAAAUAUUUCAGUUUAUAACGAUUGUAAUAGAAAAUCGCUAUGGAAUUUAUGACGCAAUUUGAUUUCCGCAUUAAUAAUUUAUAUUUAAUAUAUACAUUACAAAAGCUUGAUUCGGUUAUAUUUCGGAGUGAUUCAACUAUUUAUUCAUGAAAUUGGAAAACGAACUGAUGUGCCCUGUUAUGGAUCAUUCAUAAUAAUGAUCAUUACGUUACUAUCUAUGAUUAUAAUAUUGAAUGUUCCAUAAUGAUUAUUUAAGCUACACAUUUCAUACGAAAUGUUAUAUUGAAUUUCUUCAAAUAUCACAGUGGCUAUCGUUAUUUCUCUUUUACGCCUUUAGGCAAUCUCCUCCUGUUUUGCGCAAAGUGAAUUGAAAAAGAUCUAUAAUAAUUACAUAUCUUUUUUUUGUGCCGUAAAAAUUAAUAAGCUCUGUUGUUUCUUGUGAUUGGGGCCCCUACUGUGAUAAUCAAGAUUACAAGAUUCGAAAAAACUACUCUUUUUAGAAAUAAGAUUUUAUUUUAAGUAAUCACCACCUAAAUCAAUGAACUUUUGUAACCGAAGCUUCAAAACGUUUGAAUCCAGUCAUAUUCUGAAGUUAUCACAAAAAAUUGAUGACUUCCCUGAUUUCUUUCAUUUUCCGACGUGAGUAAUCGUCCACGUAAAGGUCCCUUAGGUUAAAGAAAAACCAAAAAUCACACAUGAUCAAAUUAAGCUAGUAGUGUAGAUGUUCAAUACGUAAAAAUUGUCAGCUAUUAUCAGCAUUAUUGUGAUGCAACAUUAACCCGCAAAUAUUGACUGAUUUAAGAACUACAGGUGAAGAUUUAGUGCUAUGCCUGUUUGAUAUAAUUGUGCGUAGUUCUUAAUUGCUCUUACUAAUUUUGUACAACGGAAAAAACUGCGUUGUGAACUGCGUACUAGAAAUAUAAAAUGAUAUGCAUGUUCAUCAAGUGUUAUGUAUUGAACAUUUCCAACAUUUUUUCGUUUGAUUCUCACUAUCCAUCCCUUCUGGAAAUCGUUAGGUAUAUGUGGCAAACAAUGUUUUCCAUAUGAAGAUUAUCAACUGUAAAUCGAAUUUAGAGUUGCGGUUCCAACAAUAAGAGCUGCCAUUCGGCUUGUAACGUUUUUCUUCAAACAUUAUAAACAUUCCUUUGUUCACGUACUGUUGCACAGUAGUCACUUCUGAUUUUUUUUAUUAUUAUGCUCACGAAAAUUCGUAUUUUCUGUUCAAUUGGAGAACAGAACGAAUAGAAUAGUAAAAAAAGGAGAGUAAAACUUACCAGCGAAUAUAAAGAAUAAAAUCACCACAAAUCUACUAAAAUUUAUUUUGAUGUGUAGAUGUGUAGAUAGGUAGAGGACAAUUUAGAAUACAUUCCGAGGUUUUAUUGGAUUCUUUGACUGAAAUGGCAGGUUAAUAAGAAAUUCAUUCCUUCAAAAAAUCCAAUGUUAGAAUAUAUAAAUCCGAAGUGACUACUGUGCCAAAAUACGUGAACAAAGGAAUAUUCAAAAUGUUUGAAAAAAAAAAAACGUAACAAUCCGAAUGGCAUGUUACACGCUUGAUAGGUGCAUUAGAGCCUAGUAGAGCGUGGCUUACAGCUGAUCAAUUCACUCCUUUCAAAAUGCCUAGAAUGUGAGAUGGAUUUAAUUGCCGUCUUCUAUUUCAUACGCUCCCAGGUGUAGUGCUCUUAGUGUUUCACACUUUGAGAGAAAGUGGAUAGAGGUUUCGUUUUCUGUCAUCUGUGCAACAAAACCAUUAUCUGCUAGGCCUAGCGUCUUCAGGUAUUUGUUAAACUGACAGUGCCCCGAUAGAACUCCUGUUAGUAUUCGUAGAUUGUUUUUACUUAGGUUAAUACAUUCUGCUGAUCUAUUCUGGUUAUAGUUUCCCAGAAGCGUCUUAGUCUGUUUUAGCCCUUGUGGGUUUCUGAAUAAUUGGUUUUGCUCCUAUCUACCUCAUUUUCCAGUGCUUUUACCAUUGCUCUGUAGCUGAUACCACAGAAGGGUUGCUCAAAUUUUGUCUCGUCAUCCAACAGAUGAGGUAAAAGUGUAGAAGCAGAAUGCCUUUUCCUCUGUUCUCCAUGAAAUCUUCCUCUUCUAAGCAAAGUACCACCGUGGCCAAAUCGCAGUUGCUAAAAUUUUGAGACGUUUUGCCCACAGAACCUUUCGCUAUAUUAAUUGAAUCGAGAGUGGGCGGAAAAAGCUCGGAAGCCUGUAGGACAUGUGUGCUCAUCCCUUGAGAUCCCGCACCGAUCCGUUCUUUGGAGCAAAAUCGGAUCGGAGUGGUGUAUGACAAGUGAGUCUCGGUCAUAGAGCGAGGUAUUUAUUGUAAACCUAUUUAUGUUAAUGGUUGAGGCUACUCAAUAAAUAUUGAAUUUUAAUGUAACGUGAAAUUAUUCAAAGAUUACAUUCAAACCAAAUGUUACAAAUUUUACAGUUACCUUUUUGGAGAAGCAUAUACGCUUACUGUAAUAUAGUGAAUUAGUGAAAUAAGAUAAUAUUUUAUGAUAUUUUUCACAAUCAUGUAUAAAUAUAUGUGUUAACUUCGUCCAACGAAAACCAAAGAUCCUGCAAAACAUAGUAAGAAUAUUUUCAUCGAAACCGAUAAAAAUUGCUCGGGAAAGCCUGAACAUCGAUCAAGAGCCUAAUCAGGCAUCUGAAGGUAAUCAAGAGUGGAGAAAAUUCGUCGGUUCUAUCAGGAGGAAAGUUCAAAGACAUGCGUCAGGGUCUUCAGACCUUCAAACCGCUACGUCUCAAACCAAAAACGAACCGCUCUCUCGAAAAAAUUCCCUAACACAAUCCAGUCGAUUCGAAAUGUUCCGACGCGAAAAAAGUUGCGACAAAGACAAAAAAAAUGAUAAACAACCACUUGUCAAACAGAAAUCCAUCGGCCUAGAAAAUACCACUAGAACAGAUAUUUUGAAAGCCUUUAGUUUUAAAGAAAAAUCGAAAAACGUUCCCUCGAAAGAGACUAGUCCAUCGUGUAAAUCAAGUGGGGAACAAUCUCAAAAAAGUGUUCGAAAGAGUGAUAAAAAAGAUAGUGAUAAGACGCUUAACCCUACUACUAGUUCUUCGAAAAGUAAGGGUAGCGGUUCACGUUGCAAAGAAGGUUUGAAACAAGAUGAUUUUCUCAAAGCCACCAUGAGGAUAUUUUUGGUUGUUUCACCGCCAGUUGGAAAAAUGCAGAGUCGAUCACGAAGUCUCAAUCAUCUUGACAACUUAGAAAUGAGGCAAGGAAUAGUUUCAUCGGCAGACGUAGCUCUCAAAGAUUCCAGAUCCGAACCAGACUGCACUAAACCAUUAUUAGCACCAUCAGUGGUUCAUGAACCUUCUACACCUACAACUACUACACCUCCCACUAGAAAACACAUGCUUAGCAGGUCUCAGAAAUCCAGUAGCGAAUGUUUCAGCGUUAACUUCGAAGUAGGAGAUGAAAGUACAUGGGAAAAUGAAUUGUUUUUUCCGGCACAACGAGGAAUUUCUCUGUUCGACUCUCUGGUAAAACUUUGCGAGCUUCGAAACAUCGAUUUAUCAGCUUGCGAUGCUCGUUUACAAGAUAAAGAAAACAAUUGUGAGAAUUUCAUAUUGUUUUCUCAAGAUACUGCCGGUCUUGUUGGAAGACACGUUAGAAUCACAGCAAAAGAUACAAGCAAUAAAAAAUUAUCCGGGUCUAUACACAGCAAUCAUUCAAAAAAGCAAUCAGGGGGUAAUCGUUCUCGUACGACAAGUUUUUUCAAUUCGAGUACCGAAGAUGCUACCGUUGCAAGUUCAACGCUCUCGCUUCACGAUGGCGACCAAAGUAGAAGACAAAUAAAGCAACGACUGACGGCAUUUUUUGGAAACGUCAAAGACACGAAAUAUGAAGCGCUGAUUGAUCAACUAGAUAAAUAUUCCAAACAAGGAAUUCCUCACGUACUGAAGUAUCCUCAGGGACAAUGCGAAUCUGUAGAUGCUCUUUACAAACUUGAAGAUGACUGGCGAGAAAUCAUAGAAUACAACGAUCUCAACGAAAAGCUGCAACAACAACAAACCGCCUUGUGGGAGCUGAUUAAAACAGAAGUUGCCUACAUAAAAACUUUAAAAGUAGUUACAGAUCUCUUUUUAGCUUGUUUAAAAGAUCUUCAAUCGAAAAAUCUGUUAAAGGAAAUCGACACCGACAAACUCUUCUCGAACAUCACCGAAAUACUGGACGCCAACGUGGUUUUUUGGCGUAACACUUUAUUUCCUUUAGUUCGAGACAUGCGGAAAUACAAAAGACCCUCUUGCAUAGAAAAUAUGCUGGAGGGUUUUCAUAGUAUACAAGAUAUUUUUCAACCGUAUUACAAAUAUUGUGCCGAACAAUCCCGAUGUCAACAUUAUUGCAGGGAAAAUCUUGACAGCGAAGUGUUUACUGCCUACUUAACUUGGUGUGAGAGCCAGAAGGAAUGCAAUAGAUUGAGACUUAUGGAUAUACUAGUACAACCGAUGCAACGAUUGACAAAGUAUGGCCUUUUAUUAAAAGCGAUUCUAAAGAAUACCGAUGAAGAUGUGGAGAGAGAAAAUUUACAAACAAUGAUUAAAAUGGUGGAUGAUUUUGUGAACAACGUCAAUUUGAGUCUGAAGCAUCGACAAGAUAAGGAAAGAUUGAAAGGUAUCAUAGCAAGAAUCGAAAGUUACGAUAUAGUGGAAUCUAAAGACGACGACAUCGACAAACUCCUUAAGAAAGAGAAAUCAUUGACGCAACUCGAUUUAACAAAACCGAUGUUAAAUUGUCCAGUUGAAAGAAAACGUCAUCUAUUGUUAGAAGGGGAUCUUAAAUUGAAAGACAGUGGAACUUCCAAGAUGGAAGUCCAUUGUUUCCUUCUGACUGACAUGUUACUGGUGUGUAAACCGUCGACGAGAAAAGGUGGCGCCACCAUGCGAGUAAUUCGCCAACCGUAUUUAGUGGAUAGGCUGGUAGUUUCGGAAUUACACAGAGAGACACCCAGUUUGGCAGUCAUUUACAAAAACGAAUUCGAUAUGGCCGUUGCAGCGUUCAUUCUACAGAAUAAUGAUGCCAAAAAAAUCAAGGGUUGGAAGGAAGGUAUUUCGAAAGCGCAAACUUUAUACGCCCAAGCAAGACAGAUGACCUACACAGCUGAUGAUAGCAUAGAUCCAGAAUAUAGUUUAGAUUAUAAUUUGGAGAGUGAUUACAGCAAUAUACAAUUAAUUCCUAGAUCGCCAUUAGCAACAUCCUCUAGAGCUAGUAGAGUAUCUAGUUUAGUACAUAGCCAUAGUGGAUCGGUUGAGAUGAAUGACCAGUCAUCCGUGGGAUCGAUUAACAACCAGUCUCGAGCCGUAUCCGUCGAAAAUGAAAACAGAACCGGCUCUUUAUCUAGCGACGAAGGAGUCCAAUCAUUACCACCUGAUAAAAGUCCAGUCUCCCAAAAAAAUUCUUUUAAAAACAGACUUUUCCAUAAAACCCCGAACACUCUUUCCGUUCAACCCUAUGGUAGCUUGGGUCAGAGUCUGCCUAAUUUAACAUUGGGUUCACCUAACGUGGGUAGCAUGAAUUUGAACUUGAAUCAAAACACGCUCUCAGUACCCAGCGGGAAAAAUGGGAGUCAGUUGUUGAGUCCUACUCAUCGAGGUAUAUCCUAUCCUCCUCCGUCUCCAACUAGAGGGAAUCUUCGGAGAAGUUUAGCGAUUUCCCAGAGUAAAAAUCCGCCGCUAGUAAAGGCAAGGCAAGUUUGUUCCACAUCGAGUGUUAGCGGUCAACAAUUCGACUUUGACGUUCCAGUGAUAGCGGGUGUCUCCCAACAAGAAGAAAAUUGUGAAGCUUUUAGUAGAGGACAACAUCGUCAAGCGAUGAAAAGAAGCUAUAGAUAUCAUACUGCUGGAAUUGUGGAUGACAUAAAGAAAAAUGAUAAUCGGGACGCCAGUAUACACAAGCGACUAUCCUGGAAUUGUACAAGUCAAGAACAGAGACCACCCAACGAGGACCAGACCUAGCAUACAAUAAUAAAUCCUGUUGUGUCUUGUAUAGUGAUCUUCUAUCUUAUAGUUUGUAUAUUAGUUGAACUACGGAAUAUUAUAGACAGAAUAUUAUAGAAAAAUAUUUUCAAAAUGACAGCUUGGGUUUAUAUACGGAUUGUAUAGUAAAUUUGUGUUAAUUGGAAAUUUUAAAAAUUUUCUAGCAAAACUAGAAUUUAUUGUUAAUUACGUUGAAAAAUCUAUUCGGUAUUAUUUUAUUCGUCAUCCUACCUCUACAUCUCUACAGCACCAACAAACAAACGAGUCAACUUGAGAUUAAAAAAAUAAUUUGUUGAAGUUUUUUAUAAAAAUCGAAUAUUUUGGUUUUUCGGAAGGUAUCUUGUAACAAAUAAAAAUCAUUUCUCGUAAUUUACGAAAAAGCUUGUUACUGGGGAUUUGGUUGAAGAGAAACACUUGGAGUUAAAGAAGUUAGUUUGACAUAUCCAUAAAAAUUUAUAGGAUGAUAUAAAAAAAGUCACACUGUCUAAACUAGUGUUUAUUUAUUGUGUAAUAUUUAGUCAGAUUUUUGAUUGUCUACAACCUUACAUUUUGUAAAAAUAUAAUAUUCCGAUCUUUAUUCUUAGACAAAUAUGGUCUUUGAAGUCAAUUUCAGAUUGGCACACCUCUAUGUGUGAGCAGUUUUGAUAUGAUUGCUGCUCUUCAUUACAUACCUUAUGUACCAAUUAAGUUCGAUUUGUUAAUGUUUUAUCUUGUUUUUGUUAAUUUUUUAAGAACCCAAAUAUUUUUUAUAUGAUUUUUUUUGUUUUCUGUAUGGGGAAAAUCCCCUCAACAGCAAAGCCUUCAUCCACUCAUUGGAUAGUCCCGGGGGACUUAUUUUGCAUUCUCCAAAGGAUGUUGAUGUAACAUCGCAACCAUUGAAAACAAGGAACACCAGUAUGAACUUACUUAUAGAUCGAAGGUCUUAGAAGAUCCAGUUUGUAAUAAAAUGAGACGUCUGGCCGCUAUCACAAAAAUCUCGCCACGCCAUUUUAUCGUUUGUCGCUUCUUUCUAUGUGAUGUCUGCCAGGCAUUCGUUCCGUAGGUUUUCGUUAACUUGAUCCGCCCAUUUUUUCGUAGGAUUUCAUGGGGGUGCUAAUCUAUCACCGGAUAUUUUGUACUCCUCAACUGCAAGUGUUUAACUCUCAACUCGGUCAGUUUAUCUGGGGCAUCGUUUAGUUAGUCAGUCAGUCAACUGGAAUUGAAUUGAAUACAAAACUACUGUAUUUUGUGAUCUAAUUAACUUGAUACUGAGUUAUCAAAAAUGAGAAUAAUGUUUUGAUGUAAAUGGAAAGCAGCGACUAUGUAUAUGUCAAAAAUUAAACAUAGUCCACAAAAAUCUGAGCUUUAGGUAUUUGUUUGUUCUUUUAUAUAAUAAAAUUGAGUUUUUUAAAAGUUAAUCAUAUAUAAAUUUCAGCAAUAAAUACUGAUUCGUAAUAUUCGUAAAUAUGUUACCAUGAAUUUACUUCAUACCUCCAACGGUGGACCAAACCACAAUAUCAAAAAAUCGUUUAAUAUUAAAAUGUUUAUGGUCUAAAAUAUAAAUUCUUUGGAAGGAAUGAACAAAAAUGUUUCAUAUUGUGGAAUAUGAAGACAUGAUCUUAUACAAUAUUCCCAAUUAACAAUUUCUCAAUUUUUUUCAAUUAUUUUCUGUUUUACCACCCUUCAUAUUCACACUACUCGUUGUCCUAAGUGAGCUAUAACGCGGCGCUUCGCAAAAAUCUAACAAUUAACGUGAUAUUUUUGACGUGUCGUCUAGGGGCAACAGGGUCCACCUGAUCAGUAUCUGACACUCAUUACGAUACCCAUAUUAACGUCUCCAAAAAAAAGGCAGUGCCACAUAUGAAUGGAAGUGAAAGCUAUACUUCAUUUAUGAGUAGACUUAUAUUUCAGAUGUUCGUGGAAAAUUAUGACUCAUUUUUCCGCGUUUCAUAGCAAUGCUGGAACUAUAAUAGUUCUCAAAUGUUCAGUAACAAACAUUUGCACGGUUUCUAAUGUCUCGAAACGAUGUUCUUUCCAAUGAGUUCUCAAUUUAGAGAAAAGGAAUUCUUCAGGUGAAUAAAAAGGUUGAUAAGCUAUAUAAAAGGAAUCUUGAUUGAUAUUGAGAUGUUUCUCAUCCCAAAUUAUCAAGAAGUUUCCGGAUUCUGUCGACAAUUUCGUUAAAAGACAUUCGCUGCGAGGUUCAACUCCGAUUAAUUCAUGUCCUCUUUCAAUCGCCUUAAACCUGUUAAAAACCUAGUCUUCGUAGGUCUAUUAAAAUUUCCUAAGAGUUUCUGUUGCAAUGAAUCCAAGUCUAAAACUGAUAGCAUAUCAUUUCGCAAAAUUCAUGUCACUUUAAAACACAGUUACAUUAAAAUAAUGAGUAAGUAAAACCUACGGACUAGGUCAAGGUGAAACUCGUACUUAAUAUCAAUUGCAUUUCCACUUGGCGCCCCAUCAAGUCGUUUGCUUCCAGUAUUGCCGUAUAGAACGCAAAAGAGAGUGAGAAGCUGGUUCAGUUAUUCCAUUAGCAGAAAUAGGGAAUUUUUGAGUAGAAUAUAGUUUAUUUUAAAAAUGGCAACGAUUUAAGAAAAAUUUUCCUCUGCAGGGCUGUAUCAAAACGCUGAAAAGGAAGUCGGUUACUUAAUCUACACCCCUUGUAUCUUGCCUCCUUUAGAUUUCUUGAGGAACCUCCAUCUUAAUUCUUUAUGUAUUUAUUUUUUUUUAUUAUCAACGUUUAUUUCCAUUUUUCCUCUACAAUAACAGUAACAAAUAGUAACGCUUCUUAAAAUACCAGAUUCGACAGACCAUGCAGAUAAUCUCAUAUGAGUGAUUUCCAACAAAUCAUACGAGUGCUUCUUAAGUAAAGUUCGUUAAAAAAAUAACAACAAUAGUUUUUUUAGAAAGAUCUUUGAAUACUUUUGUCCAUAUAAAAGAACUACAUUUUGGAAACCCUCCUGCUCGAACAGCCAAAAGUUGACACUUACUUUUAUUUUAACGUUUAACACUAAAGCGAUUUCCUUCAAGGUGGCAUUUGAAAUUGCAUUGAAAAAGCCGCUGACAACAUAUUUCAAAACAUCAGUGAUUACAAACAGUCGAAUUGAGAGUUCUUCAUCAUAGAUGUUCAGACAAACGAAUCCAUUUUCGGACUUUACUACCAGUUUACGUAUAUUUUUGUUAUCCAGCGAUGAAUAUCUUCAAGACAAAAUAUAGUACAGGCAAAUUGGACGAUUUUGAGCUAAAGCCUUAAAUCAAAUUGAGCGGUUUUGAUUUUCUAGAUUCUGGGAGGUUUUGGAAUACUGAAUAAGUCUAGCAGCUCUUAACAAAAUUACGGAUUUUCGACUUGAAACGUAAUUAACUCGAAAACUAUGAGGAAUUCGAGAAAACUGCCGUAACAAAAAAUAUAGAGUACAAAAAAGUAUCUCUGGUAUUUGUUCCUAACCACCUAAGAUUUUCACCUUAAAAUGGGUUUAUACACUCAAAAACAUUAUGAAUUGCGGAUAACUCGAAAACAUUGAGGAUUUUUACACAAACUGCCGGAACAAAAACAUUGAGUAAUAAAAAGGUUUCAAUUUUUUCCUACCUCAAAAUUUCAAUUAUAAAAUGGGUAUGAACGAUCAAAAAUAGUCAAAAAUCUUGCUUAUUUACGUAAAAACCACUGUUCAGACACUACAGUAAUGCAGUACGGACUCGGCAUCUGUUUACUUCUAAACACGUCGUCUUAGAACGCGCGUAGUUGUCGGUGAUCAUCUCUUCAGGUGGCAAGAUUACUAUGGGAAAGAGACGAUAAGAAAGGUUACGUACUCUUAAACCAAAUAUCUUAAUGCAAUGUCACGACUCGUAAUCGUGUAACGUGUUUUCACAAACACAACUUAACAUUUUCGAAUGAACUUACCCUUGUAUAUUUAAGGAUAUAUUUUCGGGAAAACGGAACAUUUUAAACUUUCUAUGCAUUUAAAAAUUGUAGGGAUAAAGAUAAAUCAUCCUGAUAACGUUUUUGUAUAAACUGAGCUGAGAUUUCAAGCUUCAAAAUGAGUAUCCACAUUUUUGUGAAAGAGAAACUAUUUGGAAGUAUGUGAUUAUUGAAAUAAUAAUCAACCGAGAUCGAAGAUAGUUUUCAGGAUCGCGAUUUUUAAAAGUUAGUUCACACCAACGACAAAUCUUUCGUUGGAUUUGCUUAUUUAUAUAGCGAGUGAUGAAACAUCCAUUGAAGUUUCAAGUACUUAUGUGGCCAAUAUACCUCUUCAUCUCGCGGGAUUUUCGAAAAUUUUCCAAGUCGAAAAUUAUGCUAACUUACCCGAGUAGAAAAUAGAGAUCUGAACCAUCAUGAUGCAUUUUGAUUUUUUGAAAACGAAGUAGUUUUCCAAGAAUUAGAGCAGUUUUCAUGGGUGUCUGGAACGUAAAUUGGCUCUUCGUUUUCGAGUUAUUUGCGUUUCAAAAUUUUUUUGAAUUAUAAGUUUCCAAAUGUCGAAAAACCGUGCCCGGAAUUUUAUUAAGAGUUGCUAGGGUUAUUCAGUGCUCGAAAACCUCUGAGAAUCUAGAAAAUCAGAAGCGCCCAAUUCAAUUAAGAAUCAAUCAACUUUUUAAACUCUGACAGCGAAGCUUAUACAACUUUUCGUAAAAAGGGAUAGUCAGUAAUGUAGCGUCUCGUUGCAGCAUAACCACGAACUAAGGAAUUAUAGUCACCAACAGGCUUAGUAAAAAAAACAGCUCUGGUACAAAUGAUUAUUCAAAAAUUAUAACCAAUCAUUGUGCAUAAAUUUUAUCUAUAUACUUCAAAAUUGCGUGAUUUAAAUGGGACAUUCAGUAUAAUACACAAUUCUAAUUAUUGUUCAUUCCUCCAAAAUGGUCGUAGUUUUAAGAAUAUUUUUGCCAAAUAAAAAAAUGGCAGCUGGACAUUCCAAAUACAUUCCAAAAUAAACCUGAGCAAUAUUGUACCUAAUCAAAACUCUAUCAGGCCUAAUAUUUCAAUUUUUAUAAAAUAUUCGAGUCGUAUAGCGACUCUAGUUUGCUUUUUUCUUACUUAGAAACGAUUUGGGUGAGUCUGGGAAAGAAAAUUUGUGUUAUAUUUUGUGAUCUUCCCCAGGAUCACACAAAUUUUUGUUAAUUCUUAUGUGUAUAUGUGUGUGUGUGGAUGAAAUAAAUGGUAGUAGGGUAUGAAAAGUUUACCGUCAGUUCGUAAUAAUUGGUAUUAAUUUUCAAUAUUUGCAGACAUUUCAUCAAAGUUAUUGACUACUUGACUUUUAUUACCAAAAUUGUAAUUAUAGAAGUAGAGGAAAUAUACACACGCCGGUAAAACUCUUGGAGCUUCCAAAUUUUCUAUAAUGGAAUAAAAAAAAUUUCUAAAUUAAUUUUGUGAACUUUCUCGCUAUAUUUUAAUGUUGCUCAUACGUUUCGUUCAUAUUUUUUAGUGUUAUAAUGAAAGGGAAAAACAUGAAAUACAAAAUUUGGUACCAAACAUAUAUUUCAUAGAAAGUUGGAAUUUUCAAAACUUGUAGCUCAAGAAAGGUUUCCUUUACUCUAGUGAAAUAGUGAAAUUAACUCACUAUAGCAUUAAAGAAAUAAUAUUGGAAUAGGAAUAGAUAUUGAGGAUCAGUUUUCCAUUCUUCUUCAACUGUUUUAACUACUGGUGGGUCUGCCAACCAAACUAGUUUUGGACCAGUGUAGUUGAACAUAAUAAAAAAAAAUUUAUUCCAAAGUUGAGUAAUUGGUCUCAUGAUAUAUUCAAGAUAGUUACUUCCUGAGAACGACCGUAGUAUACAGGGUAUCUCACGACAAGUUAAAACUAUCUGUAUAUGGCAAAAUACUUAUAGUAAAAUCAUGAAAAUUUCUACUUUUGGGUUUUCGGAACUUUUAACUAAAAUAUUUUCAAAGAUAUACGAUUACCGAUACUAGCGAGAGUUGACCUUAACUUUGUUAUUUUAAAUAGAUCACCCUAUAUAUAAAUACAUUUUUGAAAUCUACGUCAAAUUUUAGUAUACUUUUGUUUGAAAACAUUUCUCGAAAAAUAUUUAUACUUUUUGAGUUAUGUAAAAAAUUUUACCACUGUAGACACUUAUAAAUUAUUUUUUUACGAGGAUGCCCUUAGAGAUAUGAAAAUGAUUUCUAUUGGGUUGCUUUUAGAAAGAUCAGACGUAUUUGGAUCUGUGCUGAAAAGUUUUUCAUUUUAUACAGGGUGUGUAUGAAUAGUGUUCAAAAUUUAAAUUCAUAAAUAUCAAGUUUCUUAAUUUUUAUUAAAUAGAACCACCCAGUUUUUUCUAUUUUAAUGUAUUCAUAAGUAAAAAAUAAGGCAAAUUCAUGUAUUAUUUCCUAUAACUAAACCUUACCCUUUCCAGAUAUUUAAUGUUUUCUGUAAAUUAUUAGAGAUGCAGAUGUGGACUAAAUUUUAUAUAUUCGUGAUUAAAUUGAGAACGAGCCAUUUUAACGAUUUUCGAAAGUAUCAACAAUUGAGUUUUGACAGUUGAAUAAGUGUCAUUUAUUACAAAGCCUACUAAAAGUAUACAUAAAAAAUUAAAACUUGUUAAAAAAUACAAUAAUAAACCUCAGAUACCUCGGAAACGACUAAAAGUUGGAAUAGGAUUAGUGAAUACUAUUUGAUUUGUGUUUUUUACACACCUUGACAAAAUAAAGAAAAAUAAUUUUCUCUUUAUUUCUCAGUACUUGUAUCAACGGGUCAAAAUAUAAAAUUUAGACCACACCUGCAAUUUACAGAAAACAUUUAAUAUCUGGAUAAAGGUAAGGUGUAGAUAUAAGAAAGUAUACAUAAAUUUACCUUAUUUUUUACCUCUAAACGCAUUAAAAUAGAAAAAAACGGGUUGUUCUAUUCAAAAAAAUAAAGAAACUUGAUAUUUAUGAAGCUGAACUUUGAACACUUCUUAUACACACCCUGUAUAAAAUGGAAAAUUUUCAAAAAUAGUUUCAAAUACGUCUUAACUCGCUAAAAGCAACUAAACCGAAACCAUUUUCAUAUCUUUAAGGGGAUCCUCCUAAAAAGAUAAUUUAUAAGGGUCUGCAACUGUCAAAUAUUUUACAAAAAAAUUAAUAACUCAAAAAGUAUAUAUUUUUCGAGAAAUGUUUUCAAACAAAAGUAUACCAAAAUUUCUUUGAAAAUAUUUUAGUUAAAAAGAUAGUAUCUGAAAACCCAAACACAGAAAUUUUCAUGAUUUUACUAUGAGUUUUAACUCGUCGUGAGACACCCUGUAUAGAUAAGUAGUUUUCAUCCCCUAUAUUUCAGUCUCUUUCUGAAAAGAAACAACUUAGUAGUUAGUAAACAUUAAUCGCGCUACACUCGCUAAUCGGUGUUGCCAAUUAAGUUUAAACUAAGCUUCCAAAUCCAAAAUUGGUAGUAGCAAGUCUUUCACGAAAUGAUCGUUCCUAAAUCUUCCAUAAGUUCAUACAAAAUGUGGCGGGGAUAGCUUAGACGUUCGACAGUCUGUCUCCUACUCACAUUUUCAGUGUCUUACUCUAAUUAAUGAAUAGAUGAUGAUCUGGGUAUAUCACGUAAUUCCGUAAUACUCGUUAUAUCAAAAUUGAUAGACCAGCCACUUUUCCAUUCAUAAGAAUAAUUGGCUUCCUUAUAGAAUUUAAAUUCAUGUAAAAAAUUUUAAUAAACGCGCAACUAAUAAAAGCAGACGAUAUUGUUUGCAACAUUAUAAAACAUAUCAAUGUUUAUUUCUGUUAAAAAAUAUGGAUUUUGUAUUAUUUUACUAGAUGGGCUCAAGAAUGUCACUGGUGUGUGUAUAUAUAGUUCUCUUAAAAAUCAUAUUAAACAUUUAAAUGACUAUAAAUUUCUGACAAAUACAUUUCCGAAUCAGAAACAACUCCAAACGCUUCGACUAGCAUAGACUUACAUUAAUCAGAAACUAUAGAAAAAUUUACUUACCAAAUCUUCUGUAGGAUAUUAGAUUAGAUUAGGUAUGGCGUAAAGGCCGUGAAUAUACCUCGCUAACACUGAGACCUAUUGAUCUUUUGUCUACCCCAGUCUGUUAAUGAACACACUGUUUACACUACCACUACACCAACAAUUACACUGUCUGACGCGCGUUUUGAUAACCAAGUAAUCGUCUUCGGAGACUGAAGGUAAACUAAAACCUAAUAACUUGACUUAUCUGCUUUAUGCUGAAUUUUCCCAUCAAUAAACCUUCUCCCGCGAAAAUUAAUUCCAGUGGAAAAACCUCCUUGGUGGGAAUCUUCACAUUCAUUCCUUGACUACUAAACUAUAGAGUGGGCUGUAAGAAAUUGGCCCUUUGUCCUUAUUUAAGCUUUUCUUACAUAUAGCAAUUUGAAUUCUUUCAAAUGCAUCCAACAAUGAUUAUGACUGGCAGCAUGAUCGUUUUUUGGGUCCGUCCAUAUUUCAUAUGAGCUACGUACUCUUUAAACCGGACAAUAACGGAUCUCUUGGUCUGCCCAAUAUACCUCGCGUCACAACCCCCACAGCUAAUUUCAUAUAUAUUACUUUUUUCUAAAUUUGGUAUUUUAUCCUUAGGAUUAGCCAACAAUUGUAUUAUUGGAUUUAUAAACCAAUUUAAAACGCACACUGAUAAAAAUUCUCUCCAACCCCUUUGUAUAAACAGGAUUGAAAGGUAUCGGAACAAGUUUUUCUUGUUUUUCACAAUUUUAUUCUACUUCUUCAUCAUUGUUAGUGAUAUCCCAACGCUCCGUUUCAUAUAAUUCUUGAUGAUGCAUGAUAAACUUUUUGAAUCCAUUUCUUCCUACAUAUUUUGUACAUUCACAAACUCAUAUUUUUCUAUUUUAAUUAUUGUUCCUUUGUUGAAUUACUUCCCAUAUCUCAUCAUUUCUAUUUUAUUUAUAUCUUACCAUAUUUUUUCUCCUCCAUAGUUUCAAUCCAUUAAUUAAAAGCUAGUUGGAACAGCAUUUCCAUAUCAAUCUGGUGUUGUGUUUUUUCCACGAUCUGUUCAAUUGUGUGUUUUGCAUCUAUUGUGGGUUUACCUUACGUGAAGACACAUUGGUAUUCCCCUAUGUGUUUUGCUUUACUCGCCAGGUACUCUAUAGUUGAUAUUAUUUUAAAAGCCUAAUACUUUUGUAGUUUUGGUACAUUUUCUCAACUAAUUUCUGUAUGUUUUUACGUAUAAUUCUAUAGCUGAACUCAUGUUUCCCCUUUUUCUAUCUAGCCAGCGCCGGACCUACCAUCCCCAAGCUGCUAUUUUCUUUUCAUCAGACUCCACAAGCAAGGCAGCAACAGAUAUAAUUAUUGUCAGUGAUGCAAUUACCACAUUUUUUCUUGUUUACUUUACUUAGCUUUGUUAUUUUCAUUUUGAAAAUGUCCACAAAAUAUUAAAAAAAGUUUGAGGUUAGGAAAUUGUUUACUGUUACUUUUGGAAUUUCGAUUAGUGGCAAACAUGAUGCAAUGGUAAGAAACUUAGAUCUCUCUCUCUCACUUGCAACAUCAUAAGUUUGGUGUCAUUUUUAUUACGUGCAAGCUGAAAUUCUAGGAAAUAAUCUAGUUACUUUUGGCUUAGCAACCAACAUGUCCUUCAGGUUUCAUUUCCAAGGCAGCAGCAGAUAUAAUUAUUGACAUUGAUCCAUUUAUCAUUUUUUCACUUCGUUACUUACUUAUUUGUUUAUUUUACUUAUGGAAUUUUUGUUAGUGGCAGCUAUAUUGCAACAAGAGACUUGCAUAAUGUCAAUAUUCACUUAUGCUAUAUGACCUUGCAAGAAUUGCAUGCAAUUCCUUGCACCAUAUCAAGCGGCAUUAAUAUUUUGAUCUUGCAAGGGAUUGCAUGUAAUUUCAUGCAGGUAUAUAAUCGUUAAAGCAGUUCAUUACCAUUGUACUUUAUCCAUAAUAUUUCCUUUAUGUAGGUUUUAUAAGUCUUUUCCUUCCCUUCAUACAUACUCAUUUGUUUUUUUUUCUGUUUGACUGCAAUUUUACUUGAUUCUUCCUCAAUUUUUUCUCAAUCUUAGCUAAUAUAUGUUACAUAAAAUACUUUUCGAUUUCUUUGUUCUUUUACAUCAACUUUGUUUAUUGCCAUUAUUUUAGUCGUUCGUUCAUGUAUUUGAUCACAGGUUUGUUCUUGGUAGCUGAACUGGCAGAACUAGUUUAGGAAGUGUACAAUAACUCGUUCUUUGCAGCAGAACCACCGCUAGACUCGCUGUUUUUAGUAGCAUUGCAAGAGAACUAGUUCGCCCAGUUCACUGUACUGCUUGCAAUGGGUCUAGAAUCAGCAAUAGGGCAAUAAAUAUAAUCUGGAAACGGUGGAACUACAUCUUCGUCAUCGGACGAAUGUAAAAGAUUAAAAAGUACUAAACCGUUUUCCAUUAUUUUAAUACUACAAGGCCUGAAUCACGUCAAAUAACCUCAAAUACAACAAUCAUUAAAUGCUCAUUGCUCUUUCCAUUAUUCUGCACUAUUUCGUUCUUUGUAACCGAUCGAAUUAAUUCUAUACACUCCUGAACUAGCCUGCACAGGUCCAGUUCAGUACAGUUCCAGUGCAGCUACUUAGAACAAACCUCACAAUUAACAAAAGUUAAAGUUGUAAAUGAGAAGUAUCAGUUCCUGAAUCGGAGAAUGUAUUUACGAGAACUUAAAUUGCUAUUGGAAUUUUACCCUUUCGCUCCCAAUUGUUUUUUUGCGAGUAAUUGGUACUCAACAGCUUAAUGGGCUAUUCAACGCUCAAAUGAUAUGGAAAAAUUGUUAAUUUAUUUUUUAUUUCAAGAGGGUAGUUAGGGGGUAGUCGGGACACAUAGAUCCUAAUGGAAACUUUGUGCGGGACAUAUUUAAACCAAUGGUAUUCAUUAUAAUUUUAUUCACAACCAAUUUUUAUUUGGAUUUUGGAAAUUUUGGAAUCACAGCGUUCCCAUAUUUAUUCCUCGCUUUGUAGGUUUCAAAGGGAGGUAUUGUUUCAGAGAACUCCUGUCCUUGAACUUAUCCUUGGCUUCAUCAAUACUUUGGAAAGUGCUCUCACUCCUUGCUUUUUAAAAUAUUUCUUUCAAACAAUCAACCACUGGUUUCAUGUAGUACAGUUUAGUUGCGUUCUCGUUUUUUUCAGGAUGGUUGAAGUACAUCUUUGAGGACAAAAGUUGGAACCUAUUUCUGGAUAUGGCCUGUUUGAUUGCAGUGUUUCCAAUUGAAGAAUUAUUAGACCAAUAAUGUUGGAAUGUUGGAACCCUAUUGUAAGACAUAAUGAAGUAGCAUCCCAGUACAAUCAUUAUCUCGUGCUGAUCGGUUAGAACAGCCUUUUGCUUUUUAUCUUUAUUGAGCAUAUUCAAUCUUCCAUUGGUUUGUUGUGCAAUCCAUAAAAAAAGACUUCUUGGAAACAUCUUGAGAAAUACAUCAAGCUCAGUUGAUCCACUGCUCAGAUCAGCCAGAAUGCUGCAUGGUUUAGCACUAGGGACAUUCUUUUUUGGAGUGAAUUGCGUGUGUAGUUUCUUCCAAGUGUCCGAAGAAACAAGUGGGGAGACAGUUUGUACCUCAUUAUCUGAACUAAUAUUCUAUACUUCUUCAUUGUUUUCAGAUUCUCCUCCUGAAUUCUCAGCAGCAGAUCCAAGAUGAUUUCCUCCUGGAUAUUCUGUAGACACAUCCGACUCCCCAUUAUCUUCUGACUCGUCAGGUUCAAAUACUGAACCGCUGUUCAUAAGGGUCCUCAAUAUCAGACAAAUGUUCAACCAUAUACUGUAAUUCAGCCUGACUCAGUUUCCUUUUUCUACAAAAAAUAAAUUCAAAAUUACCAAUGGGACAAAAAGAUCCCAAAAAACAUAACCAAUGGGACGUAUAUGUCCCAAAACAAAAUUAUCAUUUUCUAGUGACCAAGUGAAUGGAGUUUGCAGCUAACAGGUGGCGAUUUUAUUUCUGGAUAUACUUUAUUUCUUACCUGGACAUUAUUUGAAAACAAUUGUAGCAACAAAUCACUCAAAUAAUCAGAAAAUUGAUAAUAUUUGAGAACUUCGUCUACUCUAUUUUUAAUAUAUGUUUAUUCGUAGAUACGGUUGUAAACUACCAGCGGGACUUAUUCGAUUCAGUUUAGCACGUCUCAAUUUCCCUCUAGUAAUUUUUGAAUAUGUGGCGGGACGUAUAUGACCCAUUGGGAGUGAAAGGGUUAAAAAUGAUUAAGACAUACGAAAAAUAUGUAUACAGUUAGUAAACACAAACAAUUUUUGAUCUUUGUAAUGACAUUUUAAUUUUGUAAGUGACGUUACCUUGUGAAAAUAUCAUCGAUUGUUACGACCCAUUAACUGACCUAUAUUCCUUCAAUAGCAAUUUUACCUUGUACCAUGUAUUGUGUUUAUGUUAAUUUUUUGAACAAACCGUUCAAUAAUUAUUUUUUGUUCCAAGAAAAAUACAAGUUUUAUUUCGAUUGAUUUUAGAAUAAUAUAUUUAUUUUUAACGUAGUAACAAUGUACAAUAUUUGUUAUAUUUAUUAUUAUUGAGAUUGAUGAAUAAAGCCUUUAUGAUGAUUA